GGUUUCCAAGGGGGUGACAAGACAAGGGUGCGGAGAGGGAGUUGCCGGAGAGGCAGUCGGACCUCCUACGAGCGGCAUGCAGCAUAUAGCGGACGCAUGUAGGCCUACAUAUGCUCAGAAAGGGCACAUAAUCACGCAGCUGUUCUUUUUAAUCGGACGUGGAGCGGUGGUGUCGUUGGAUGGGGAGAUGGAAAUGCGACGGGCCGUCAGCGGCCUGACGAAACUUUCAGUAGCCCACAAGCAAACUUUGAACGAUGAAUCCUUCCCACAGGUCGGCCUAUAGGCUAUGGGAUGCGUUGAGUGGAUAGGGGCAUCGUUCGAGGAUUUAUUGCGGAUAGCACCUGUUGCGCAAUGGUAAUGGAUCAUCUGUUCAGGAGGAAGCGGUCCGGUCUGCUGAAGACUCUGAUUAGUUUAUCCCUGGUGUUGGUCUGUCUGCUGAUGAUCCAGAGAUUUAACCGUGUGGAUAAGGACGACGAGGUCGGGACGACUCUGAGGCACGCGAGUUGGUUGUGCGGAUCCGAGUGUGAGUCUUCGAAAGAGAAGCUGUUCACCAAAAGCCGCCCGACCAACGACUCCUCGGCUGUGACCCGCGAGGAACCGGAGGCGCCAAGUCGGGCGAACGUGUCUAGCGCGCCGCCAACGGCCGCCUGGGACGUGCGCGUAACGAACUGCAGCGAGGACACCGCGGUGAGGACGCAGGACUGGUUCCAGCGUCUGGACUCACGUUUUCACCAGUUUGUGCUUCACAGACAUUGCAGGUACUUCCCGAUGCUGAUCGACCACCCGGAGACGUGCAGGGACGGAGACGUGCGCCUGCUUAUAGUGGUCAAGUCCGUCAUACAGCAGCACGACAGGCGCGAAGCCCUGCGUAAGACAUGGGGACGGCUGCAGACCCUAGGAGGGAGAAAAACAAAGACACUGUUCUUGUUGGCCAAACCGUCGGACGACAAAGACGCGAAAAACCUACAAAGGCUUAUCGAGUACGAGGACAGGAUCUACGGGGACAUUCUGCAGUGGGACUUCAUGGACACGUUCUUCAACCUCACUUUGAAGGAGGUGAACUUUCUUAAAUGGUUCGACAUUUACUGCCCCGACGUGGAGUUUAUAUUCAAGGGGGACGACGAUGUGUUUGUGAACACCGACAAUCUGCUGGAUCUUAUUGCUUUCCGGGCGGGGGAGAAAGACGCGAACUUGUUUAUUGGCGACGCCAUCUCCAAUGCCAGGCCGAUUAGAAACCGCACAAACAAAUACUACAUCCCCAAAGAGCUGUACAACAAACCCGUAUACCCUCCGUACGUCGGAGGUGGAGGGUUUCUAAUGUCUGGCCAAUUGGCCAGGCGACUCUUUGUGGCCUCGGAGGAUCUGGAGAUGUUCCCGAUCGACGACGUGUUUUUGGGCGUGUGCCUGGAGAAGCUCCAGCUGGCCCCGGAGAAACACCCGGGAUUCAAGAGUUUCGGCAUCACCAAGGCCAGGCGCAUAUCCGUUCGGAUGAACAACGAGCCCUGUUUCUUCAAGGGUCUUAUCAUGGUGCAUAAAAUGAGUCCACAAGAGCUGCUCAACAUGUGGACCAUGUUGCAAAACGAAGAGCUGAUUUGCGCAAGGAGGACGUUUGUGUGACGCGAGGCAGUGCGCCUUACGCACGGGGCAUAUGCCUACUUUCCCCGUCGUCUCAAGGAGGCCAACUAUUAUACCGACAUUUACUUAAUAUUAGUCGGUUAAAGUAACCCCUGCAGAGUUUUUUUUAAUUAAAUGUUCUUACAAUUGGGAAACAACUUGUUUCUAAUGUGACACACCAAACAUAACUUAUUGUUUCUCUCAGCCAAUGUAGGCCUAUAUGGUCCGCAUUCUGGCAUGCGCAACCACUCAUUUUAGUCUUAUGGGCUCCCAUAUGCUACAAAAGGUAACACUGGACACAUUGCACUCAUGGUAUUGGGGUUAGACCAUGGAGGAAAAUGUCCAGCAAAUGGCUAAUCUUAUUCUAACGACGUGGUAUCCAAUAACUGCAUGACGCCUGAACAGGUACAAUCGUGCCAUCGUUGUUCAAUCUCAGGGUACACCUAGCCUCAUGAUGGAUACCAGCUCAUUCAUUCAGCACACUCGAGAAGAUCGUAAGAAAAACUGACCAAACAGAAUAGAUUUACUCAAUGAAAAGGUUGCAAAUGACUCAAAUUUAUCAAUGCAGCCGUGUGGGAGGAAUACGUUACACACGUGUUUUAUUUAAUAAAGAUGAUUGUUGAUGGUAUAGGGUUGACGUCUAAGUAAGUUCAUUGUUUAAUUAAUGUUCAUUUUUAAAGGGUUGAAGGUUAAUUUUCAAGUUUAAAACCAAAGAUCAAACUGUACCUCUGUGUGUGUACAUAGAACUGCACAACCCAAUAGACUCUAAUUCAUGUUUAAUUGCUGAGCACAUUUUCAUUGGGGAAUUCGGUAGAUUAAAAGGUCUGUUGCAGAUGUUUAAUAAUUAAA